AUGAACUUUAAAAAUCUACUAAUUCUUGAAAUACUGGCAUUUUCGUCAUUAUUUGUCAAAAACAUAGCACCCAACGGAUUUAUUGAAGAUUUGCAAAAGGAGCAACAGACAAACGAUGAAAUUAAAUACCAACUGAAACGACUAUUUAACAAAGUGGAUCAAGAGAGCCGAUUUGAUAGUUGUUUGCUGCUCGGACGCGAGGAUAACAUCAGGGAUACUUUGGUUGCUGAAGUUUUGCAGGAAGAUAUGGGAAAAACUCUACUAGUUCAAACAUUUACACGUACGUUCUGCAGUUCAUGUCUUAAGCUCAACCAAAAUUUUAUAUUAUUCAUAUUUUGGCGCUAUGGUGACGAGGAUACAUAUAGCAGGCUAUUGUCACAGUUUCUGGAAUACAAAAGGUCUAAUCGAAUUAUACUAUUGGCUCCGGUUCAUUUAUCUGCGCUUUUUGCUGACAUUGUUUCGCGUUAUAUGUUUGAGAAAUGUGUACAAAAUAACUUGCUUAACGUUAUUAUUUUGUUGGGUAAUUUCUAUGAAACAAUGGCUUUCUUUGCCUUUGAAUUGUAUCCACAAUUUACACUGGUGAAUAGAAGCUUUGGUCACGAUGCGACAGAGGUCGAAGUGUUUCCGAAUAAAAUGUCAAACUUGCAUGGUCACAGAAUAAGAACCUACCCCGACCAAAUGAUACCACGUUCGGUGGUAUAUCGCGACCAAUAUGGUCUCCCUAAAAUGAAAGGUUAUGUGGUGAGUUUUUUGGAAACGUUUGCAAAAUCCAUCAAUGGUACCCUGUGGUGGCCUUUAAAUCUUCAGGACGAUAAACCUGUGUUCUAUCAAAACAUUUUCGAUAUGGCAAAAGCAGAUCGCUUUGAUAUACCCACAGCAUUGGUACCAGCUCUCUAUGGCAACAGUUCAAAAAUCAUGUCGCGUUCGUAUGAGGAAAGGCCCUGGUGUAUUAUGGUACCCGUGGAAAAACCCCAUAGCUACAAAGAGUUUAUAUAUCGUUCAUUAAAUCCCUUAUUUUUUCUACGUUUCGUAUUGUCCAUGAUGGUGUUGUCUCUUAUCUUGGAAUUCUCGACAAAGAUAAUGUAUUCGAAAUUAAAUCAGGAUUACGAAAUAACACUGGACAAAAUUAUUCUGAAUACCAAAAUAUUUAGAGGUAUAUUUGGUUGUUCUUUUAAGCUGCAGCCGAACUCUACGAAAAGUUUGAAGAUAUUAUACACCAUACUAUUCAUAAGGGGACUUCUGAUCACAGUGCAAUUUUCUGCAAUUCUACAAUCUUUUCUAACACAUCCUCUCAUCGUACCAGUUAAGAACUUGAAGGAUCUGCAGGCCAAUAAUUUGAAAAUUGUAAUUUUUAAAAAUGAUUUGGAUUUUAUCAAGAACAGUCGUAGCUUAAAUUACAAACGAUUUCUUCCGGGGCUGGAAAUUUUUGAGGACUACUACAAGUACAGGGAGCUGCAUUCGUCAUUCAACACUUCGUAUGCCUAUCCAGUACACCAUUCGCAGUGGUACAUCUACCGCACCCAACAGAGUUCACUGCCAAAGCCCCUAUUUCGUUUGAGUAGCAUGUGUCUCAACAAUAUGGGAAAUUUGGGCUUUGUUCUGCCACAGAACUCCCUUUAUCUACAGCCCCUGAAUAAAUUCAUAAUUCGUGCUAACGAGUUGGGCCUUCCAGAAUAUUGGAUGCGCUUGAGCUACAUUGAGCUGAAAAAGAUUGGCAAAAUCAAAAAUAUACCCAAUCCGAUACUGGAAAUUGAACAUCGCACAAUGGGCCCUGAAGAAUUCAACUUCAUUUUCGAAAUUAUGCUUAAAUGUUAUAUCUUUGCAUUUAUUUUGCUUAUAGCUGAAAUAGUUUGUUCGAAAAUUUAUUGUAAAAUUGAAUGUGGACUCAAGAAGUAA